AAACAUGAAGAUAUAGGGAACAAGCAAACAUGGCUCUGAUUACGGUAGCAUUAGCAUUCCUGGGUGUCUGGUCCAUAUCAGCACAAGUACUACAUAAAUCAAUAGUACCAAAAGUAUUAAAGAGAGGUUCAGAAGCUACUGUUGUCUGUGAUUCUGAUCUUGCCGGUGUCCCUGAAAAUGGCAGUCCUGAAGGCAUUUAUUUUUUGAAGCUGAGUUGGAAUAAAAAAUUCUUUUACUCGUUCAGUAGGUUUGGUACUGGCAUAACACCUGGUGUAAAAACUCACUGGCGUACUAGGGUUUCUGGACACUAUCCCAAGAACAGUCGUGGACUUUUCGAUAGGGACAAAUUCAGGCUGGAACUCGAUAUGAUAAAUAUCAGCUUCGAUGACAAAGGCGAAUUUUGCUGCUUUAGCUCCAUCAGCAAGAACGGAAGAAGGCAACUUCCCUUAAACCGUUGUGAGGACUUUAUAGUUACAGAUCAUUCUAUAGUGGAAGCAAGCACAGUUGCACAAGAUCCAAACGAUACAAUAAUCCAAUGUACCCCUGAUCUCGCGGGAGUUCCAGAUACGGCAACAGAGAUAGACAGAGCGGAGUUGUUCUGGCAAAAUGAAGAUUUCGAUCCAAACUUAUGUUUUUUGUAUACCUUAAGAAUAUUUUGGUAUAAUCAACGGUACCCAUACGUAAAUAUAAUCAACCAUGCUGGAAAAGAUCACUGGCGCAUGCUCCCAUUUUAUCAAGUCUUGAAGCCCAACAAGAGAUUGGUCAAAGAUGAAACAACGCUUGCUAUAGCAAUCAAUGGCCUAGAAUAUCAAGACGCUGGCUGGUUCUGUUGCAGUGUAAAUUACUUUGACAAAGAUGAUGUCAAUCGUUUAGCAUACAGGUGUCAUUAUUUAUCAGCUUCACGAAUUCAAGCCGUAAAACUCUCCAGAAACGGGAGCUCAAUCAAAAGAGUUACCGAGAAUCUAAUCUUCGGGUUGCUGAUUUUUUCCUGGAUUCAGCUACACAUUUGUAGGGGUGAAUAAUUUUCUUGUUUCUUGCUUAAAUACCACUAAACACCUGGAAGUCUUAUCUACUAGCGAUAUCUCAUAGUGUAUUAUAAGGAAUCCAUCAAAGCCCUAACCAUCAAAGCUUUGAAUUUCACUGGACGCAAGAUCAUGUAAAAUUAGCUGAAAACAAUCAACGCUACCGUAAAUAACGUCUUUA